GAGGGAUGUGUUGAGUCUCCGCCACCGAUUGGUCAAAUCUGUCCGCAUAGGGACUGCAGUGAUUUCGACAGUUUCCAACUCCCAAAUCAGAGAGGAUAAAAGCAACAUCAUUAGGCGGCAAAACUCGCAGUCAACUCUUGCUGAAAGUUAGCUGGAAUCUCACCAAGGUUUUUACCAACAAAAUGUCUGAUCUGGAGAAUGCCCUGGUGACAAUCAUUGAAACUUUUCACAAGUACAGUGGCAAAGAUGGAGAUAAGCUGAAGCUGAAGAAGAUGGAUCUGAAGAAUCUCAUUAACAAUGAGCUCAGCAACUUCAUUGGGGACUUCAAAGACCAGGAGACCCUGGACAAGCUGAUGGAAAGCCUAGACACGGAUGGUGAUGCAGAGUGUGACUUCCAGGAGUUUGUCGCAUUCAUUAGUAUGGUAACCGCAGCGUGUCAUGAGUUUUUUGUACAGAAGGACGAAUAGACGGACCACACGGUCGAAACAAUGACACUGGAAGCAAAAUGUGUAGUGAGACACUGUUGGCGUAGACACUGUGGAAGUAACAAGCAGCUCCAGGCAGGCAGGUCGCUUGCAAACUAACCUUCAUCACCAUGUAGCUGGGAAAAAGCCCCUUGUCCUGCAUAAUGCAUAGGGAUUCAAUUACAGAAACUGAGAGCAACAGUAACCCUGGAAGCAACGUGUCAACUGAUGAAAAUCAGGUUAAUGUGUAGAUUUGUUUAACUAGGUAAAGGACUAACAAUCUCUCCUUGCACACCUGAAUGGUUACACGAGGAAUCGUGCUUAUAAUAACUCAUAAAUAAAAUCUCGCCUGUUGGUUAAUUACACAA